UGAAGGCGGACGGAAAAUUGUUACUCCGACAUCGCGCAGGUAUCGAGUACUUGGCUGUCUACUAGCUACUCUGCUUGUAGGUAUCACAGCAUUGGCAACUGUCAACACCCCACACGCUACGGCGCUCACACUUCCUGGACCUGAUCAGGCUUCAUAUUCUUUUCUGGGCCUCUGACUGAAAAGUACCAGCAAGGACUAUGCCACGACACCGAGUCUACCACAAGCCUCAUGUCGUCCACAGAAGGCAAGAUUCAUCCUGUAUAAUACUCACCAACGACGUUUAUACAAUUCCCUUCAGGCGGUGGCGAAACUGCACCAAUGGCCCCAUUCCGUUAGGACGAGGUGGGCGCAUGAACACACCAGGGUGGCAUCUGUUUGAAGAACGAGAAGCACAGUGAUACCAAAAGGUCAAGCCGGGACGUGUCGAGCAGAGAAAAGAGCAUCGGGGUAUUAUAUGCAGAAGCAAUGUCUGCCUUUCCGAACUGAAUCAAAACAACUUGUCACCCUACUGCCUAAAGGGACAUUCGAGCAAAGACAGCGCGAAAAUCCAUUGGCCUCUCUGGAUGACGGGCUUGAUUUAGACUUUCGAUUUUACGUACAGUGGGCUUCGCUGGGCUUGGAGCUGGAACUGGAAGUUUGCGAGCCAUCCACUGAUCUACAGUGCUGGGCGAACUUCUUUCUUCCUUUCUUUGUACAAACAUUUCCUGAGAGCUCCCAGUUUCUGUUUUUAAUUUUGCGCGAUAAAAGAAAAAGAACAUGCCACAGGCUCGCAUUGGCCGGGCUCUCCGUUGGAAUUUGUUGGUGCCCUAAUGCAAGAGAGGGGAUCUCUGAUCAGUCCAUUUAUCUACGCAACAACAUGUCUAAUUCCAACCCCGAGCUUGAGGAGAAGCCGCCUUCACCCUCGACAACGCCGGCAGCUCCGUUAUCAUCUUUCUCUUCUUCUCCCCCUGAUCCUCGACCCGCGUCAGAAGAGGACAACGUAGUCGCGUCACGGUAUCUGAUCAAGCGGCCCAAGGCGCUGCAAUGGUUUCACAACGGCACGCUCGAGCGAGAGUCCGAGGAGGAGCGACAGGCAGGGCGCUUCGAGCUGUUCCUCGACCUGCUGUACGUCGCGCUGGUGGCCAACUUCGCAGAAGACCUGGCCGAACAUCCGUCUGGCGCCGGGCUGGUCAAGUACCUGCUGAUCUUCGCGCCGGCGUGGCACAUCUGGAGCGACCUGCGCGAGAUCAUGAACUCGUACUACAACGACGACCUGGUCCAGCGCGGAGUGAUUCUGUGGGUCAUGGCCUUGAUGGUGCUGUACGGCAACAACGCCCGGCUCGUGGCCGAGGACAUUGGCGCCAUGAGGACCGUGGUGGGCGCGUUCAUGACAGCCCGGCUCACGGUGGCGGGCGUCUACUUGAUUUCGUCGUUCGCCAGCUUCCAGCACCGCACACAGGCCAGGGUCAUGGCUGGGUUCAUCUUCGUGGGACUUCUCAUCUGGAUCCCCCUGUACUUUGAGAGCGUGAGCCUACGCGCCAAGAUCGCCGUCGCUGUUGUGGGCAUCGUUUACCACGAGGUCACCUGGGUCAUCACAUUCGGCACCUGGAUCAAGAGACACCUGAAACUCGAGUACAGCACCGCAGUGGAUAUCAACCAUGAGAUCGACCGACUCGCGGCCUUCUACAUUAUUGUUCUGGGCGAAUAUUUGUACAGCAUCGUCGUGGGCGAUCCUGCCGCGAUCGGGCUGAACAUGGGCUUGCUGAAGGCUGUGUGGACUCUGAUCAUCGCCUUCUGUCUUAAUUGGCUCUACGUCAAUGGGGAUGGAAGCCUGAACAGUGUGCAUCCGAUCAGACGGUCCGUCACCACAGCCUUUACUUUUUUCACUCUGCACAUGCCCCUUGCCGCGUCGCUGUUGGUGGGUGGCCACAUCUGCGCGGUUAGCGCGGGACAGGAAGACCUCGACUCGGGCGAGCGCUGGUUGAUGGGCGGCGGAUUGGGCGUGGGCAUGCUCUGCCUGUGGAUCCUGGCGAUGCUGUUCCACGUGCAGGACUCGUGCGAAUUGAUCAUGCCGAAGACGCCCCGGGUCGGGAUGAGGCUCGUCGUCGCCAUCAUCCUGGUCCUCUUGCCCCUGGUCGACGAAGAGCGUUUCGACGCGGUGCAGCUGCUGAGCACGGUCAUGGGUCUGAUCGUCUUCGUCACCGUCUGGGAGACAGUGGGUGGCUUGAGGAAAGAUUCGAAAGUGUAUGAGAAAUGGGAGGCGGGGAACCCGCUGUCCGACUGAAUUUUGGAUGGCGCAACAACCCAUCUUCGUCCCCGGCACCCUUUCCCCCACCUCGACGGGGCCUUCCCGAUUGAAGUCCUCUUGAUCAAUGCGCAGAGCCAUUCAUUGAUCUUGUCAGUGGAGAGCGCUGGGCAAACCCUCCCCCGCAAGAAAGAAAGCUGAAUGCUCAGGGAGGCGACGCUGCCACCGAAUAUGAGAUCAUGGAACUUUUAGAAUGCGGACCGCGGAGAAGACAUACACUUGAACCCGACCUUGAAGGCUGCCUUCCAACACCAUGUGAUAUCGACUUGCUGGAAUUGAUGUGUACUGUGGCUAACCUCACUGCUGCCCUGACACUUGCCGGUCUAUAUCAUGUCCGUCGCGAGCGCUCAAAUCUUCUUCUAAUAACCAACUCUGGCCGACGUUCCCGGCGGUUUAUCCGCCACGGCCGGCAUGACUCCCUUCGCCUUCGCCCGGGUCCCUGAUCAUAUUCACCAGCGAAUCCAAUAUGUGUUCAUCGAAUCAGUAAUCUCCAUAAUACGUGUCACCCCCCUUGCCGAUCAGCCCGGAACGAAGGCUCUUCUCCCCAUCAGCAAACCGGACGACCUAAGACGAGGCUAGCGGGAGAGGGGGACUCGCUUUCAAGGCCUCUGAAGCUCCUCCAGCAGUGGCGCAUAGCGUUUGCUGCGUGCUGGGCCUGGUAUCGGCAUGCAACGAGCGCGAGAGGGGUGCUAGGUACCAGAUAACCAACGAAAGAAGUAGCACUGGGCGUCGAUACACCCUCACUCAGCGCGGUAUAGAACGACUACGAUUAUGGACCGCAUGGUCUAAGAGAACACUGAGGGCGUUUGACUUUUGAAGGCUUUCUUACGAAAGUACCUCACUAAUAGUCAGGAUUUUGUAGCUUCGGGCUGGAUUCCCCUGGUAUAGAUAGGCAUUGCCCUGGCGAGAAGAGAGGUGAUUGUGUCCCCAACCAACACAUUUCCUCGAUCCGGAUGAUAUGGUACAAAGUACUCUGUACAAGCACACAUAAACUCGAACGGCACACGUACCGGAAUGCCAGUUCAGCG